UCUUGCCCAUGGCGGAGCCGCAGCCGGCCCCGCCGGAAGCGCUGGGGAGGGCGGACCCUCCCGCCUGCCGCGGAGGAAGAUCCGGGUGAGGGGCCGGCCCUGCCUCGCCCAGCGCGCCCUUUACAAACAGCGGCUGCCGCGGAGCGAGAGAGAUGGAUGACGCCGCUGGAGAUUUGAAGCAAGCGCUCCCAAACGUGUGUGACAGCGUUCAGAUCCACGUGGAAGUUGUCCAGAAGCCGAGCAGUGUGGCCAAGAAAGAAGAUAUUAGGAUGAGUGUCUUAAAGCUGUUGAACAGACACAACAUCGUGUUUGGUGAUUACAAGUGGACAGAGUUUGACGACGCUUUCCUUAACAACAACGUGCAGUCUGUGUCGAUUGUGGAUACGGAGCUGAAACUGAAGGACAGACAGCCUAUUGACCUGAGCAUGAGCAGUCUUUGUCUUCAUAUUUUUCAUCUGAAUGAAGAAGGACCGACCUCUGAAAACCUGGAGGAAGAGAAUGAGGAUAUCACUGCAGCUCACCACUGGGUGCUGCCAGCAGCUGAAUUCCAUGGCCUUUGGGAAAGUCUUAUCUAUGACACUGAAGUAAAAUCAAACUUACUCGAUUAUGUGACGACAACAUUAUUAUUUUCUGACAAAAAUGUUGACAGCAACCUGAUAUCAUGGAACAGAGUUGUUUUGCUGCAUGGCCCUCCUGGAACUGGGAAAACUUCUCUCUGUAAAGCAUUGGCUCAGAAACUGACAAUUCGACUGUCAUACAGGUAUAGAUAUGGACAGUUAAUUGAGAUAAACAGCCAUAGCCUUUUCUCUAAAUGGUUUUCUGAGAGUGGCAAGCUUGUAACCAAGAUGUUCCAGAAGAUCCAAGAGUUAGUUGAUGACAGAGAUGCUCUUGUAUUUGUACUGAUUGAUGAGGUGGAAAGCCUCACAGCAGCCCGCAGUGCCUUCAAGGCAGGCACAGAGCCUUCAGAUGCUAUUCGUGUGGUCAAUGCUGUACUGACACAAAUAGAUCAGAUUAAAAGGUAUCCCAAUGUAGUUAUCCUGACUACUUCAAAUAUUACGGAGAAAAUUGACAUGGCUUUUGUAGACAGGGCUGACAUAAAACAAUACAUUGGACCUCCAUCUAUAGCAGCAAUAUUUAGAAUAUAUCUUUCUUGCCUGGAAGAACUGAUGAAGUGUCAAAUAAUAUAUCCUCGACAGCAGCUUCUGACACUCAGAGAGCUUGAGAUGAUUGGCUUUGUAGAAAAUAAUGUGUCAAGGUUAAGCCUUGUACUAAAAGAAAUCUCAAGAAAAAGUGAAGGUCUUGGUGGUCGGGUCCUGAGAAAGCUUCCUUUCCUAGCACAUGCACUUUAUAUUCAAUCCCCCAGUGUUACAAUGUCAACUUUUCUUCAGGCCCUUUCCCUUGCAGUAGACAAACAAUUUGAAGAAAAAAAGAAUCUUGCAGACUUCGUGUGAUAGUCUACUGUUUUGUACUUGACUGUAUUGUUACAUUUUUUAUACAAGU